GUUUUUAAAAAUGAAAACUUACUUAACUUAAAAAAGUUUUUGAAAAUAGAAACUUAACUUAACUUAAGAAAUUUUUCUAAAAACUUAACUUAAAAACUUAAACUUUUUUUUCAACCCUGCGUACGGGGUAUUAUUGCGUUACUAAGAACCACUUCUUUGAGAUCCCGAAAACUCGCCUGGAUAAAAAUCGUCAUCAGUUGCCUCGUGCUUGUUCGCAACCUUACCUCAUCUCAUAUACCUCAACUCCCUUCCCCCGUCUCGCCUCUCUCUUUUCUUCUCCGUCUUCCCACAACCUCGCCCUCCCUUCGGCGCCGCAUCCUACGCAGAUGCAAACCGAACCACCCUGUUGACAUCCAGUGCAGCCUGCGAUAACGCCAGCGUAACAAAGCGACGGGCUCUAGUCGAUACCCCCCCUUCCGGUUAGGACGGUUAGGACAACCCCGCCGUUCCCAUUGACCAACCGAACAUCAACGUCGUCAGCACAAAAUACCCAUGCCCAGCUCUUCUUCUCGUCGCGUCGUCCCCUAAAUCAAGAUCACUGUGACUGGAGUCUUCUUUGCAUAGCUGUACCUGAGCACGCGAGUCACACGAAUCGCAACCCGCAAUCAUGAAGAUUAUCUCGCCAGAAGAAGAGCGAGCCCACUACCGGGAGGUGCUCACCGGCGGCCUCAUCGGCGGUGGCCUCGGCCUCGGAGCCGGGUUGGUCGGUGUCAUCGCUGCGUCGCGGCGGUAUUCCGCCUUCCGAUCGCUAACCGUCCCCUUCCGCGCUUUCCUCGUCACCUCGACCGGCACGUUCGGCGCCAUCGUCAACGCCGAACGCUACUCGAACGAGUUCCACCGCGCCAACAACCCCAUGAACUUCUACGUGGACGAGGCCCAGCGCGCCCAGGACCUGCUGCGCCAGCAGGAGACGGGCUGGGAGCGCUUCACCACCUGGGGCCGCCAGAACCGCUACUCCAUCGUGUUCGCGUCCUGGGUCGCAUCGAUGGCCAUCGCCCUCGGCCUCGUCGGCCGCAACCGGUACCUGAGCACGUCGCAGAAGCUCGUCCAGGCGCGUGUCUACGCCCAGGGCCUCACCCUCGCCGUCCUCGUCGCCAGUGCCGUCUUCGAGACCGCCGACGCCAAGAACGGCACCGGCCGCUGGGAGACCAUCAAGGUCAUCGACCCCAACGACCCGGAGCACAAGAACAUCAUCGAGAAGCGCGUCCACAAGGAAGAGUACGAGGGCCAGGACCUCUGGAAGGACAUGGUCGCCGCCGAGGAGCGCCGGAUAGCCGCCCGCAAGACCGGGGGUGCCACCGAGGCCGAAGCCGAGGACGCGCACUAGGAAUGCGGCCACUGCUGCACGCCUAACGGGAGUAAGGAUCCUGUCCGAGUAGAAUAAUUGGUAUGGCCAACGCCACGGCGGUAUGGCGUCCGGGAAGGGCUAGAACGGCGUAGCUGAGACACGAGUAUCCACGUCGAUCAUAGAUGGUCUUCACAUAUCCCUGUCCCACCACGCCUUUCUCGCGGUUUCGCCCGAUGGCUGAUGGUGACAUUGAUUGCCUGCAUUAGCUUUGUUCCUUUAGUCGACGUCAUGGAGGGGAGUUCCGGCUUGGUAGGGGGUUCCUUGUGGACUGUGGUGUUAUCGAAUCUUUGAAUUUGAUUUCCCAUCUCGUUUCCUUCUCUUCCCUUCGUG